AGAUGUGUUUCGGUAUGGAGAGAUGAUACUGCAGCUUGACACUCGAGACUUUGACAACAAACAACCAAUGUAGACCAACCUGACUUUCUAUACAGACUGAACGUGGCGAGGGGUGAUUAAGCGAUCCGAUUUGUGAACUCAGCUUUUCUUUCUUCAGCCUGUCUUUCGACACGAAGGAAAUAAAAUGCCUGUAGUAACUCUCCUACCUUUCACUGCGACUUCCAAUAGGAAGUCUGCCAGCCCGACUUAUUUUCGAUUGUCUGAAAAAUUCAUUUUGCUUUUAGUUUUCAGUGCUUUUAUUACAGUGUGUAUCGGGGUGCUUUUCUUCUUGCCGAAUUCGUCAAAGCUUCUCGGUGGAGUUUUCUUGCGUUCAUCGUCCGUCGAAACGGCUACACGAACAGGUACAGAUCGAGACUCCGGUGUUGGAAGUGGAAAUACGGAAAAAAAUGUAAAAAUAAAGAAAGAUCACGAUGAGCUCUUAAUCGAAGCACAAGACACACUUCAAAAGCAUCCUGAUGACAUUAAGAAAGAUAUCAGAAACGACAAGGACGAAGUUAUUAAAGGUCUUGUUAAAGGUUGGAGAGGUAAAAAUCUCCCCGUUAUUGAGUAUAUCCGGCCGCCCGGAGCAACAGGACAGGAGCCAACGGACCCAGAAAUCAAACAGAAAAGGGCGAAAAUAAAGGAGAUGAUGCAGUUUGCCUGGGAAAAUUACAAGAGUUACGCCUGGGGCUCCAACGAGCUGCGGCCCCUCUCCAAGCAAGGACACUCCAGUAAUUUGUUUGGGAGUCUUAAGGGGGCGACUAUCGUGGAUGCCCUGGACACACUCUACAUCAUGGAGAUGGACGAUGAGUUCGAGGCUGCCGCGGAGUGGGUGGAGAACAACCUGGACUUCAACAUGAACACAGAGAUCUCGGUGUUUGAAGUGAACAUUCGCUUUGUGGGAGGGCUGCUGUCGGCCUACUAUCUCUCAGGCAAAGAGGUGUUCAGGCAGAAAGCUGUGGAGUUGGGGGAGAAGCUGUUGCCUGCGUUCAAGACCCCCACAGGCAUCCCCUGGGCCCUGCUCAACAUGAAGAGUGGUAUCGGACGUAACUGGCCGUGGGCGUCUGGCGGCAGCAGCAUCCUGGCGGAGUAUGGCACGCUGCACCUGGAGUUCAUGCACCUCAGCAAACUGUCUGGAAACCCUGCCUUUGCCGAGAAGGUCAUGAACAUCCGGAAAGUUCUGAAACGCCUUGAGAAGCCAUCCGGACUGUACCCCAACUACCUAAACCCCAACAGUGGCAACUGGGGUCAACAUCAUGUAUCGGUGGGUGGACUGGGAGACAGCUUCUAUGAGUAUCUACUAAAGGCCUGGAUCAUGUCUGACAAAUCAGACGAGGAGGGGAGGAAACUCUACUAUGAGGCUCUCCAGGCCAUAGAGAAGAACCUGAUCCGCAAGUCCAGCGGCGGUCUGACCUACAUAGCGGAGUGGAAGGGCGGUCUGCUGGAGCACAAGAUGGGCCACCUGACGUGCUUCGCCGGCGGCAUGAUCGCGCUGGGCGCCGACGGAGCUCCUGAUCAGAAGACGGGUCACCACAUGGAGCUGGCCGCCGAGAUCACCCGCACCUGCCACGAGUCCUACGCACGCACCAAUCUGAAGCUGGGUCCGGAGGCGUUCCGCUUUGACGGGGGUGUGGAGGCCAUCGCCACGCGUCAGAAUGAGAAGUACUUCAUCCUGCGGCCGGAGGUCAUCGAGACCUACAUGUACAUGUGGAGGUUCACCCACGACCCCAAAUACAGGCAGUGGGGCUGGGAGGCUGUGCAGGCUCUGGAGCAGCACUGUAGGGUGGAGGGGGGCUACAGUGGUGUGAGGGACGUCUACGCCUCCAACCCCAACCAUGACGACGUGCAGCAGAGCUUCUACCUGGCAGAGACGCUCAAGUACUUGUAUCUGUUGUUCUCCGAGGACGACCACCUGCCGUUUGAGCACUGGGUGUUCAACACAGAAGCCCACCCUCUUCCCAUCAUCAAGAAGGACUUCAGCAGCAAUCAGGCCAACGAGGUGGAGUAACCAGCCAUGGCCUCUGACCUCUGACCUUUGCCCCCUAAGAUGGACCUCCACAUGCCUUCUUUAAGACACCUCUGGUAGGGGGCCGGACAUGGGUGUUGUAUUUAUGAUCACUGGACUUAGACCUGGAGCUGGGCCUUCAGGACCGGAGCCUGUGGACCGAUCUCCAUCAGGACUAGAACAAGACCAGGGGUCUGCAGGUCUCUUUACCCCCCACCCACCCGACCAACCCACCCAUCCAUCCACCCCUGUACAACCAGCCCCUCCUGGUGGAGUUGUGCCUUGAGGAUACUCUGCAGUCCUCCAGAAGUCUCCAUGCUGCCCCUGGUGGUCAGAAUGGAGACCCACAGUCCCUUCAGUGCUCUGGUGUUACCCAGGUUAGGGCAAAUCCAGGGCAUUGUGAAGAAGCUGUGGAAUACCCCCCCCC